AGUCCAGCAAACAAAUCACCUUGGUCCUCACAGAUUACGAUGUCGAUGCUGGGGAUUUUGGUGGCUGUUGCUGUGUUUCUGAAGACGGCGUCUGCCGCCUCGCUGGGGGUGGUGAUCACUGAGGGGGGCAUGGUCCAGGGCGAAAACAUUCGCCUCGGCUUCCGUCGCCACAUGGACGUUUUCAAAGGAAUUCCUUUUGCAGACAUGCCCGGGCGGUUUGAGAAACCAAAGCGUCAUCCUGGCUGGGAUGGCGUUAUGAAAACCACUGAAUACAGGAAGAGAUGCCUUCAGGUGAACCUGCUCAUGUCGGACACCAGAGGCAGCGAGGACUGUCUUUACCUGAACAUCUGGGUUCCUCAUGGACGAACAGUGUCAACCAAUCUGCCCGUCAUGGUCUGGAUCUACGGAGGAGCCUUCUUGAUGGGAGGAUCCAUGGGUGCCAACUUCCUGGACAACUAUCUUUACAGUGGGCAGGAGAUUGCCGAGCGAGGAAAUGUUAUUGUGGUGACUCUUGGCUACAGAGUGGGAACUUUGGGCUUCUUGAGCACCGGAGACUCAGACCUUCCUGGUAACUAUGGUUUGUGGGAUCAGCAGGCCGCUAUCGCUUGGGUGCACAGAAACAUCCGUUCAUUCGGAGGAGACCCAGAAAAUAUUACCAUCUUUGGAGAGUCAGCAGGAGGCGCUAGUGUCAGCUUCCAGACUCUCACACCACACAACAAAGGACUUUUCAAGAGAGCAAUCUCCCAAAGCGGUGUUAGCCUCUGCCCCUGGGGUGUCAUCAGAAACCCCCGCCGAAUUGCUGAAGAGGUUGCCCUGAAGGUCAAGUGCCCCACAGAUGACCACAUGGCCGCCUGUCUGAAGAUGACCGACCCGGUGCUCCUCACUAUGGCAGGAAGUAUCAGUAUGGAAAGCUCACCUGACGACCCGAUUGUGAAUAACCUGAUACUCUCUGCUGUGAUUGACGGUGACUUCCUGCCUGAUGAGCCGUACAACUUGUUCCACAAUGCUGCUGAAGUGGACUACAUGGCUGGAGUCAAUGACAUGGACGGUCAUCUGUUCACCGGUGUAGAUAUCCCAUCGAUCAACUCACAUCUGGUCGAAACACCCAUUGAUGACAUCAAGAGGCUCCUGACUGCCUACAGUCAAAAAGGCUUGGCUGGCAUGGAGGCGGCUUUUCCGUUGUACAGUUCUACCUGGGCAUCAAAUCCUACCAAAGAGGACAUCAAGAAAACUGCAGUGGACAUCUCAACAGAUUAUAUCUUCUUGGUUCCCAUACAGGCUGCUCUGUAUCUCCAUGCAGCUAAUGCCACUGUUGGUCGCACAUACUCCUAUUUGUUCUCGGAGCCAAACCGAAUGGGGGGCCUGGCCAGGCCCUACCCCAGCUGGAUGGGAGCGGACCAUGCUGAUGACCUGCAGUAUGUGUUUGGAAAGCCUUUUACCACUCCCCUGGGUUACUGGCCCCGUCAUCGUGACCUCUCUGGCUACAUGAUCGCCUACUGGACCAACUUUGCCAGAACUGGAAACCCCAAUGAUGGCCCACUAAGUGUUCCUGCCACGUGGCCACAAUUCACCAGUACUGGACAUCAGUACCUGGAGAUCCAUUCGAACAUGGACAAGAACUACGCCAGGCAGAAGUUGAGAACACGAUACGUGCAUUUCUGGACCAGUGUGCUGCCUGAUCUUCCUGUGAAAAUCUCCGAAUAAAGAAAGCUGCUGAGUUCUUUUUCCCUCACAA